AAUAAUAGUUUACAAUUUUUAGCGCAGCAUGAUGUCGAAUAAAAAAAGCUUAGAGUUCAUUAAAAACAUUACAAAUAUUAUAACUAAGUCUACUGGCUUCGAAAAGACAAUGGAAAAGGUCGAACAUUUGUUUAAAAAAAAACACAACGCAGUGUAGACAUGAUCUAAUUAAUGAUCCAAUGAAUUGGGCCGUACGUAAGAACAUACUUACAGGCAUAUGUAUGUAUGUGCUUAUAUUCAAAUAACCGAUGGUGGAGAGGGUAAAUGCACUGCUAUAUUUAAAGUAGCACCUGAGCAUCUUAAUCGCGGUGGUUUUUUACAUGGAGGUUUUACAGCUACUAUUGUUGAUAUGGUGACAACUUACGCACUGAUGACUAAGCCCUGUCCCCCUGGUGUAUCAGUCGAUUUACAUGUCACUUAUUUAAAGGCCGCUAAGGAAGGAGACGAUAUCAUUGUUUCUGCCAAGACUCUUCGGGCAGGGAAAAAACUGGCUUUUCUUGAAUGUGUUCUGCAGAAAAAUGAUGGUACAGUUAUUGCGAAAGGAAAUCAAACGAAAUUCAUUGAUCAAUAAAUGUGGCGCAAUUCGGCAGAUUUCUAAAUACAUACAUAUUUAUGUAACAAUUAAGUGAAAUGAGCACCUAAAAUUUUCUGUAAUUCUUAAAUAUCAUAUUUUAAGUAAAUAAACUAUAUCCAGUCUCCACUAGGAAUGUUAUAUAA